CAGUCUCCCCUACAGGUACGUUUUGUGUAACGGAUUCCUUGAAAGUGCUACAGAUGCUCCGGUCCCAAACUCUCUCCUCCCAGUGUGGUCUGGUCCCUCUCUCUCUCUUUCUGCGCAUGCGCACACGGGCAGCGCUGUCCGACUUAAAAACAGCUGGGCUCUUACGUGCGUUCACACAGUGAAACGUGGGACUGCAAAGCAAAGGGAACACGGCAACGGAUUUAGAUAAGGAUUAUCGCUGUUAUAGUGGUUUCACAGCUAUGCAAAAUAAGAAAAUGCAAGAGGAUUAGUGACACACAUCAAGUGGAGCAAAAUAGCAAAACAGAGUGAGAAAGCGAGAUGCGGCUCGCCUCAGAGAUGAAAGAGAUGCUCAUGUUCAUGAAGAGACAUUCAACACAAGGAAAUCUCAAGCUCUGAAAAACAUUUAAUAUGCUACAAGAUUGUUAUUCUUCACUGCCGACGGGUAGUAGCGAAAGGUUCCCCGAAGUCUUUGAGCCGUAAGAGCUCCGAGUACAUUCUGCCACAAGUACUUCUGUCAUCAAGGGGAUGUAACGCCACAGUCGAGUUUUCACUUAAUCCUCUCACAGGUAAACGGCGGGACAUUUUGCCGGAGGAAUUUUGCGCUCAAAGAGUUUUUAAACAGAAUGUGAAUAAGGUAUCACUGGUAGAGCUUGCUAGAGAAUGAAGCACCUUAAAUAGGUCUCUGCCUUUUCUUGUUGGAACAAUGGCAGCAUGAAAUCGUAGACUCGAGUUUUUUUUCACUUACCUGGAAGGAGGGCAACAUGGCAAAGCCCUUCUACAGGCUUCAGCGCUUCUUGCGACGGACUCAGCUGCUCUUCUUUUUCCUUGGUGUUGCAUACAUUAUGGCUGGAAGUGUCCUCCUUCUACAGAGGCAUGGAUUGGUGGUGUCACAGCGUGGGACGAGCAGUUACUUUCCACUGCCAUCUUUGCCAUCUCCUCCCAGGGCCCUGGAGGCACCUGCCCUCCGGACAAGUUAUGGAAUAAUGGGAGCUCGACUCUCUGGAAAGGGGGUGGGACACCAAAGCGUUUUAUCUGAAGACAACGCUGGACCACAAUGGCUGAUCUCACGAAACCAGGAGAUCCGAUAUCUGAGACGCCGCUGGUUCCACAGCCUCAUGUCCGAACAGGAAGCAUCCAGAGUGGAGAAAGUUCUUCCGAAAAGAAAAAUCCGACACAAAGGCACGUACAUCGGCUGCUUUCUGGAUGACGCCAAAGACCGGGCGCUCAAAGGGAUGGUGUUUUAUGACUUCCGGAAAAUGACCAGCACCUUGUGUCAAGACACCUGCACGGAAAGUGGGUACCAGUUCGCUGGCCUUGAAUAUGGGUCCGAGUGUUACUGUGGAAACCGCAUCACAAGCACUCGGAUGAAAGAGGAGGAGUGUAACUUGGACUGCAAAGGCGAAAAGGGGGCGAUCUGUGGAGGUGUGUCCCGUCUGUCCGUUUACAAGGUGGAGGAGGUUCUUCCUGGCCAGCGGAGAUACAGGAACGUGCGCUACCGGGGCUGCUUCAAAAAACCUGACAACACAACAGCAGCUUCUCUGGCUCAUGCCAUCCAGCCCAACCUCACCUCCCAGUGGUGCAUCGAGACCUGCAUGGAUCAGGAGUUUCCUCUGGCCCUGGUCAGGAAGCCCGACUGUUUCUGUGGCUACACCACUCCUCGCUUCACUCUUCACGAGCCGGUGAAAGAGGAGCUCUGUGCUGUGGAAAACAGCAGUCUGCCUACCCAGGGUUCCCAUCAGCUCUUCCUCCAGGUUUAUCAGACACCUGUUCAAGAUUCCAGAUGCACAGAGAAGAAGUUUCUACCUGAGAAGUCCAGCUCACUGGUGGCUUUGUCCAGUUUUCCUGGUGCGGGGAACACCUGGGUGAGGCACCUGAUCGAGCUUGCCACAGGCUACUACACAGGCAGUUACUACUUUGACGGCACCCUCUACAAUAGAGGCUUCAAGGGUGAGAAAGAUUACUGGAAGAGUGGAAGAACCAUCUGUGUGAAGACACAUGAGAGCAGCCAGCGGGAUAUAGAGAUGUAUGACUCAGCAAUACUGUUGAUAAGAAACCCCUACCGCUCACUCAUGGCUGAGUUCAACCGCAAGUGCGCCGGGCAUCUUGGUUACGCUUCUGAUCAGCACUGGAAGAGCAAAGAGUGGCCCGAAUUUGUGGGUAGUUAUGCCUCCUGGUGGGCUUCUCAUGUGUUGGACUGGCUGCGUUAUGGAAAGAAACUUCUGGUGGUGCACUAUGAGGAGUUGCAGGAGUCACUGGUGCCCACAUUACGAUCCAUCACUUCCUUCCUCAAUACCCGUGUCAGUGAAGAGCAGCUCCUCUGUGCUGAGUGCAACAAGGAUGGCCACUUCAAGCGCUCAGGUGCGCGACGGCCCACCUUUGACCCCUUCACCCCAGAUAUGAAACGGCUGAUUGAUGGAUACAUCAGCACUGUGGACCAGGCCCUCAGAGCCAGCAACCAUUCUGGUUUGCCAAAGGAGUAUCUCCCAAGAUGAUAAGUCCAGAACUAGAGUACAGGACUGUCUGUCUCGCUCAAGAUCCAGUGCUACAAACUAUGAUGCCCAGAAGAUAUUUUGAUACGUUAUUUCCUCACAUACUGAGGUCAGAAAUAAUGCCAUAUGACGCUGGUGUGCUUCAAGAUCGUCAUGUUUUAACGGCGGUAUAUGGAUCAGUCUGUAAAAGGAAGCAAAGUUGAACUUGGUAAGAAAUUAGAUGUGACAAUUGCAGACUUCAACUUGAGACUCAUAAAUGUCUCUAGUCAGAGGCAAAAUAAGUUCUCCUUCCUCCUUUGGGAGGAAAUUUGAGCACUUAAUUACAUACUUCAACUACAAGUCAACAAGAGGCAUAAUAAACAACAGAUGUAAUUGCUUAUGAACUAAUCCGACAUGUACCGUAGAUGAUAAUGACAUGUCUACCACAAUAACAACAUCAUUUUAUUACUACACAGUGACUUUCUUACUUUGUAGGGACAAUUUAGACCAUUUACAAAGCUGAUUUCAUAAAUGCUAGGAUAAAUGUAACCUAUUAGUGGUCUGUAACCACAGACACUGCAAAAAUUAUUUUAGUAUUUUUGUCUUUUUUGGUAAAACAUCUUUACCAUUCUUAAAACAAGAUAUAUUUACUUUGACAAGCAAACUGACAUAAAUAUAAAAGUCUAAAAAUUAAAACAAAGAACAAAUGGGGUAACCUUCGAAUUAAGUUUUUUUCUUACCCAAUUUAUCUAUUGGCAGAUAUUUUUCUUGUUUUAAGUAUCAACUCCCUUAAUUUAGAUUACAUUUUUUUUUUUUUUUUUUUCAGAAAACAAGACAUACAAGUAAUUUUGCUUCUCAAGUAAAUUUAUCUUGAUUUAACAUCAUUAAACAUUCUUUUUUUUGUAGUGUAUUGAGGACAGGGAUGAGGACAAUGUUGAUAUUCGAGAAUCAAGUAUUGAAAAAGUCAUAUUUAUAGACCACAAAACUAAAUAUUAAGUUCAACAUAUCUAUGAUAUAACAGCCCUGAUAGAAACGGAAUGUAAUACUAUGUUGUGGAGUAGUAGAAUAACAAACACAUUUUCUUUCAAACCUUUAGGAUCAAGAAAAUAUGACAUGGCAAACAGACUUAGCAUACAUCAAAGUCAAACGAAUAGUGACUGUCCCCAUCCCACUAGAUUCCUUCAGAAUGGAACGAAAGCUUUCAGCUGGACUAGACAAGACUUGCCUUGCGGAAUGACGCUAGCCUGAUGCUAAUCCUCCCAGAGCUGAUUAGCACGCCACCAGCAUGCUCCAGAUGUGUCUGGAUUAAAGCGCUGGUGUAAUACUCUUUUGCACAUUGCCAAACUGGGAUCAGCUGCAAAUUCAGACAAUGUCACUGUAGUGCUAGUGGCAGGAAUCCCACCAGGGGGCUGUUUCUGCUGAGUUAUUCAACAAGACGCAAAAGAUCAAUUGGUUAGCAUCGUUCAGCGUAGGCUAAAUAAACAUUUCUCACUGUUUGAGUUUGGUCCAUAAUUUAAUACCAAUGAGUAGGGUUACAUAGAGCUGGAGUGUGUAACUUUAAAUAAACGCUCCCCCCAUUUGUCAUUGGUCUGAAAAAAUUACAUCACUGGUUCAGUCUGUGUUGCUAUGCUGGACUGGUUGGGGUGUUCAAAGAAAAAAGAGCCAUGUUUAAUAGUGCCAUAGCCAUACUGUUUACAAUUUUUGGAUGAAUCAACUAAGCUGGGAUGGAAGAAAGUUUUUAAUGCUGGAAAACACACACACACACACACACACACUUAGAGGAUAGUUAAUCCGAAAUCAUUUAUAGUGAUAUUUUAGUAGGAUUUAUAUACUUAUUUUGAAUUAGCUUUUUUAUUCAGCAUUCAUUUUAGAUUUAGUAAUUUUGGUAUGUGCUUUUAUAAUUUUUAAUUUUAAUAUAUAUUUUUAUUUAGCUUUAAUUUAUUUUCUUCUCUUCUAUUUUUAGUAUUUAUUUAAGUUAACAUUUAUAAUUUUUUUGCUGUUUUUUUUUUUUUUUAAAGUUUUUCAUCUAAUAUUAAUAUUUCAUUUUAUUUCACUUUUAAUUAAAUUAACAAAAAACAUUUAGUUUUAGUUAACAACACUGUUCCAAACUGGCAUGACUUUCUUUCUUCUGCAGAACACAAAAGAAGAUAUUUUGAAGAACGUCCAUACAAUAAAAGUCAGUAGGGUCCAAAAAUAACACUGGACCUGUUUGUCUUCCAUUAUUCAAAUGUGUGUGUGUGUGUGUGUGUGUGUGUGUGUGUGUGUGUGUGUUCCAUAAACUAAAAAACGUCAAACGAUGACAUGAGGGUGAGUAAAUGAUAACAGAAUUGACAUUUCUGUGUGAACUAUCCCUUUAAGCCUUUAUUAACUAUAAAUUGUCAAAUUUCUUUGGCACCCAUGACAUUUUUAGGCCCUUAAGGGUUCCUGAAAAGAGAUAUACAUCAGGGAGCUUCACAGAAGGAUAAUUAAUGAGCCAUAUAUAAGGUUUAAUGAAAUAUAUCAGAUUUCGCUUUAGGUUGGUUCUAUAAGCCUCUGCUGUGGAGAAUAAAAUGCUCUGCGCCCCAUAUGAAUUAUAAAUGAAAUCCAUUGCACCCCCACUGUGAUUUCCUGCAGGCUUGGUGCUGAGGUCAUUGUGUCUUGCCUGGAGAACUGUGACAGAUUAAUGUCUAAAUGAAACAGAAUUUUAUUUCCGUGCAUAUCUUGUAGAUCGCUGCAGUAUACGGUGCACACAUGCGCUACAUCGAUAUGUGUAAGGUAGUGUGGUUGCAUAUGUCUUUUGUGUGUGUGUGUGUGUGUGUGUGUGUGUGGGUUUGCACGCACAGUUGUGUUCAUGUGCCUCAUUCCAUGGACAAAAAAAUCAAAUUUUUUCAUGAAUUAUGUUUGCUGAACUUUCCACAGCAGCAAAUAGGUUCUUUUUCUGCCGUCCUAGGGCAAAGGAACAAGAGGCAUAAUGAGCUCAAGUCUUCUUUUUUUAUUUUCAUAAACUCUCUUGAUGUCGGUCAGACUCUGUGACUGCUAUUCACUUGUGUGAAUGCUAUUGAGAGGGGCCGGCCCCCAAGGUUUUACUGCUGUUGUGAAAACACAAUGAAUAAAAUUCA